AGAUCUAUUGCCUCUACAGCAAGAAUCGCAGUCUACGCGAUUCAACCUUCUUUUGCGACUUAUACAGCCAGGCAGGGGAAAUAAUGAGGAGCUUUAAUACUAAUGGAACAGAAGUUUCCUUGAGCUUAGCAAGGUGUCCAAGAUGUUACCUGAAACCGACUCACUACGUUAGCAUGAAAAGAAUCAUGAACUAGUUGAGCAGAAAGAAGCUGUCUGACCGUCUGGCGAACAAAGUGAGAGCUCGGUGUUAGGAAAUAUUACGGCUACGUUCAGUUUCACAGCGCGGCAGUGGUGACAACUAGCAAGCUAGGACGUUAAACCAACGCUGGCGGACUGCAUGUUGUAGCUACUCACUCAGGUCUGUUCUGUUUGGGAUCAGGAAGACGAGCCUCACAAAAAUGGAGACCCAAACAGAGAAUGCUGUGCUUUCUCGAGCGGAGAGAAAAGCUCAGGAAAAAGCUAAACUUAUUCAGAAGGAGACCCAGAGAAAGACAUUUAAACUGGUGGCCAGAAUACUGAAGAAAUCUGAAUGUGAGCGAACUGAAGAGGAGUGUGCUCUGCUUCAGCGUCAUCAGGACACUGUUCAAGAGCUGGGCAAGCGACAGAUCCGGAGAAACAUCCUGAAAAGGAAGCAAGAAGAGCUAUUUGAUGAUGCUGAUGAUCUGAGAACCAAAGUGAAACAGCUGGCUGAAGCGAUGCGACAAGCCCAACAUGCUGUUAUCUACACAGGAGCCGGUAUCAGCACGGCUGCGUCCAUCCCCGAUUACCGCGGCCCAAACGGAGUAUGGACACAGCUACAGAAAGGACGGACUGUUGCGGCUUCUGAUCUCAGUGAUGCAGAACCAACUUUGACUCACAUGUGUAUCCGGAUGUUACACAAAGUUAAAAUGGUUCAGCAUGUGGUCUCCCAGAACUGUGACGGUCUCCACCUGCGCAGUGGCCUUCCCAGACACGCCCUCUCUGAGCUACAUGGGAAUAUGUUCAUAGAGGUGUGCCUCUCGUGCUCUCCGGCACGGGAGGUGAUCCGACUGUUUGAUGUGACGGAGCGCACUGCGCUGCACAGGCACGGGACAGGCCGGAGGUGUCCACACUGCGGUGGGGAGCUGAGGGACACUAUCGUGCAUUUCGGCGAGCGGGGCACACUGGAACAGCCUCUGAACUGGAAAGGAGCUGCUGAGGCAGCACAGCAGGCAGACCUCAUCCUCUGCCUCGGCUCCAGUCUGAAGGUCCUGAAGAAGUAUGCUUGCUUGUGGUGCAUGAAAAGGCCAGCAGCUAAAAGACCAAAGCUAUAUAUCGUCAACUUACAGUGGACACCAAAAGAUGAACUGGCCACUCUGAAAAUUCAUGGAAAAUGUGACGACGUAAUGCGUCUUCUAAUGGAACUGCUGGAUAUGGAAAUACCAACCUAUAACAGAACAGAGGACCCCAUCUUCAGUGUAGCUACCCCCCUCAGACCAGAUGAAGAGCACAGUCACACUCGUAAAAUGCUAGUGCCCCCAGCUGGUUUGGUGGACUCUGUGCCGAAUUCAAGCAGUAAAGCUGAAGAGAAUGUAAUAAAGGGUGGGUGGUUUGGACGAGGCUACGCCAAAGCAAGGAAGAAAAGUAAAGCAACAUAGUGAACUGUUGUUUUUGCUUCAGACUAAAUCCUGCCUUCAGGAACAUUCCACCCAAAAAUUAAAAGUCUUAAUCCUGUAGAAAAACACCAAGCUUUGUGCAACUGGAAAAUAAGAUAAGAAUAAAUAAAAUAAUAAAUUAGUUAUGUAACUAAUGCUUGGUCUAAUGAGACAAAUAGACGUCAUAACAAGACUUGACUGCAAAAAAAAAAAAAGUGGAAUGUUUCUUUGAGGGAAUAAAUUGUGGGUUUAAGACAGUGUUUGAGUGGUAAGUGGUUUCAGUGUUAGCUGUUUGCACCUUGCAUUUGUCCUCUCAGGUAGUCAACCCAAGCAAUACAUGGCAGUUUUUCAAGACUGUAGUGAACAAGCAUGUAGGCUUGGUUGGGAUAAUGAGAUUUUUAAGAAGCAAAAUUCCACCCAAUUUAAAAAAAAAAUCUGUAUAAUAACAUUGUUACAAUAUAAACAGUCAUUCAGAGUGGUUUGAUGUGAAAUGCUCCAUUCUAGAGAAACUUGCUAAGUCAGAAUUGUUCACAAUGGUGGUGACAGGAACCAGAUGUCUGUCUGUCAGUUUAAGUCCUCUGAAAGCUACCUCACAGAAAUAAGGUUUUGGCCUAAAAUGUAUUUUUUUUUAAUACAUUAAUCACAAAGAUGUUUUGUAGGGUGUUAUAAGACAAAAUAGUACCCAAAAUAGUUUUUUUUUUUUUUUUGAUUUACCACUGUAUUGCUAGUAUUACAUAUAAAAGCUGUUUACAUCUCAACAAUUGAUUAAUGCAGAAAUUUUGGAAAAAUUGGUGGAUGAACUUCUAAAAACAGAAUUAACUAUUAAUCUUAAUACAAGAUUUAUAGAAAACUUGUUGUGUUAAAUUAUUUCUUGCUUAUAAUCAGUGUUGAUUAAUUAAAACUAACUCUUGCAGUAUAUAGUUUCAUAAUCUGAGCUCCUGCACAUCCGUUCGUUCCACUAAAGCUACUUUUACGAAGCUACUUCAUUAAUAAUAUACAGCUUUGACUGUAACAGUGCCUUUUUUGGAAAGGAUGCUGUGUGACUGCUCUGUUAAAAAGAAGGCUAAAGCUGCCUCUGAAACUUCUAGCUAACCUAAUGGCAGAUUUAACUCAUUGACUCCAUCACUGCUUACAGUAUUGAUGUUUACAUGAGCUCAGUGAGCAGGAAUGAUGAAAAUGAUGAUGUAUUAUGUUACUGACCACACCUGUGGAAGAAUUUUACUGAUCCUCAAAGAAAUGAGAAUUGUAUUAAAUAGUCUUACCAUGUUCACUUUAACAUAGCUUACUAAGAUGAAUAUUUGAUUAUUGUACAAAAAGAUGUUUAACUCGGAGAGGGUUUUGGUUUAACCUACCUCCUGCAGUCUGUUUCACAUUUAAAACAGAAUACUGAAGUAGGAUUGACCUACACAUUUAUUGUAGUUUCUGGUGAGUUUGUAGGUCUUUAUGUUGCGCUUUUUGUUGGUUUAUUGUAAAUGUUUAAAUGGAUAUUUUGUAAGUCUUGAAUUUCUAUUGUAAAACCACUAUGUUGCUUAAAAGUUGCUGUCAGUUUUUAUGUGCUCUGUGAAUAAAAAUAAAAGUUUUUAAAACAGCCUUACAGUGUUUAAUUUUCUUAUUUCACAGUGGUUUACAGUAACAGGACAACAUGUGCUACAAUUUAAAGUUAAAUAUUGUUUAUUUUGACCCACAGAGAAGAAUACAAAUCCCACAAUGCAAUUCAUACAUUAUUUUUUUUCUAGUCUUCUCAAGCUGCCAAAAUCAUUUUGCGAACAUCUGAAAUUCAUAUGGAAUUAGUUUUCGUAUUAUUUAUCUACUUCUUUAUUUAUUUGAAAUUGGUCCA